GAAAACCGAAAGGCCAAAACAGAGCAACCAUGAAACGGCACAAAGGGAACUCGAGGAAGAAGGCGAAGAUAGUGGUUCCCCCUCCCUCCUCCGCGCCUGACCCUUCCCCUCAUUCUAAGCGGUCUCCGCCGCCACCUCUCCCGCCGCCGCCCGCUAGGUUGUUCCCCAACUACCCUUCGCCUUCCUCAACCUCUUCGACCCCUCUCCCCCCGCCGUCCAUGCCGAGGAAGAGCUUUCUUCGCCGCAUCCUGCCGCUCGUCUUGGUCGGCUCCGCAGCUUUUGCAUAUAUGGCGACAUCAAAGAAGAUUGUAACAGAGAAAGAUGGAAAAACUGGCCUAGAGUUUUCUUCUCUUCCACCUCAGAGUACAGAAACUACCAGUUCCUGAUUGAUCAGCCUAUGGAGACUUUCCCUACAUGCUUUUUAGUUGAAACCACUUGGUUUUCAUUUGGAUUGGAAUUAAAUAUUGACUAAUUAGACAAAAGGUUAAUUUCGUUUAGA